AUGGAAUUUAUCAAGACCACUUUGCCGCCUGCCCUGAGUGAGUUAACUCUCCAACAAAAAUGGAUUCGUAUUAUUUUGAUGAGUAGAAAUGGAGUUAUGUUUGUUUUAGUGAAGACUGGUCCUAACAGCCGAAUCCGCGCAACAUACUAUGCCGCGUCCAGACUGCGCGCCCCGGCCGACCCGGGAAGCAUCAUCCCGCGGUUGAGCCGCGCAGUGCACAAUUACUUAUCAAGCAUAGCGCGCGGCCGAGCACACAAACAGAACCGGGAAGCAUCACCUCGAGGUCGACCCAUUUCAAUCCAGCGUCCAGUACCGCGCACGACCGCACUGUCCAACCAGAAGUCCAACGUCCCGCAUCCGGCCCGAACAUUAAACCAAACAAUCCGCCUGGCCGAUUCCCAACGACCGAACGUACAAUCAUCCGGCCAUGAUCGUUCCAACCGUACCGAAGCCCAAUCACGACCCAAUAGCCGGUUAAACACGCCGACCAACCUUCCGAACGGUCUAUUUGGAGCACUAUGGAGCAAUUGGGACGUGAGGAGCAAGGAAGGAUAUUGUGCAUGGACUCAGCUUGACCGCGCAUGCUUGGAAUGA